UCUCAGUUACGAAAACGACAUCCAACGCGUCGCGCGCCGUGUGAUUGGACGAAAUUCCGCAAGCGCGAUCCUGAAUACGCGGAAAAUCGGGCAAACCACACAUUCGAUCUAAUCCAUCGUCCGCGGCGAGCGAAGCGCGUUGAUAUUUCCUUUUUUAAGUUUUUUAAAAAUUUUAUCCAAUCGAACGAACGACGAAUUUUUCGUGUGGUGAAAAACGUGCCCUUGAAGACCAGCUGAUCGCACCGCGGCAAAUCGAGAAAAGUCGCGCUAAUUUGUUGCACGUUUCCGCCGAACAUACGAAAAUCAAACGAACCAACCAAACGGUUAAUGUAGGGAAAAAACGAACCGCAAAGAAAUCCGUCACCGAACCCGAAGUAAAAGAAAACUUGCGCUUCCUAGUUUGUUUAAAGAGACCGAGACACCGCGAAGCCAGUUAUCCUCGUCACAGUAAAUUUGAGAAUCCCAAAAAAAAAAACAGCGGAUGACGUAAUCUCGUAAAGUUAGCUUAGUUUUUUUUCGCUGUCAAAUCGUGUCCAAAUUAAGCGAAACGCUUCCUCCAAUAGGUGACCAAAGGCGUUCGUGAAGGUGUACUGAAUUAAAUCGCCAAACAACAACAACGACAACAAUCGGAGGAAAGCUGAACGAAGGAUUGUCCGGUCUAGUUGAUCCGGUUUCCAAAAGACAUAAAUCAAGCGAAAAUUAGUAUAAGAAACCUACGCACAAUGGAUGCCUGUGAAAUUGCCAGCUUUCUAGCAAAGGAACUAUUUAUGAAUCAGUUCGCCUCGUUCGAUGGCAUACACAGUGGCGUCCCGACGAAAACGACCCCCACGCUGACGCCCACCACGCUCAAGAACAUCGAACAGACGUUUAUGGAACUGACCAACGAUACCUCCAGCAACAUUCCGUGCCAGGCCGGGUUCGUUCCGCCACCGUUCCAGUUCGAGGACCACAGUCAGGACCAGGAAAACAGCCGCGAAUCGAUGAGUUCGGACGUUUCGAACAACUCCUGGCAGGUGACACCCCCGCCAGUCAUAUCGGAGGACUUGGACUCCAAAUCGUCGAGCACUUCGUACGAGCGAGAAGCGACCGUCUCUCAGCCACGACUGAUGGCGGCAACCGUAUGCGGUGGCGUUGCCAAUCUGGCUGCCCUGACUCCAUCCCAUGCGAUGCAACAGGGUGCCUCCGGUGGCAACCGAAAGCAAGCCGGCCAGAACGCUGGAGCGCCUGGCACUUCCCGUCGCAACAUGGGCGGCCGCCGUCCCGCCAAAGCCAAUAACCUCUCGCCCGAAGAAGAACAAAAGCGCGCUGUGCGCCGCGAACGGAACAAACAGGCCGCGGCACGAUGCCGUCGGCGACGGGAGGAUCACACCAACGAGCUCGUAGACGAAACCGAUCUGCUGGAAAAGAAGAAGCAAGCGCUUCAGGAUGAAAUCAAACAACUCCUAAACGAAAAGGAAGACCUGGAGUUCCUGCUCGAGACCCACAAGGAACACUGUCGUUUCCAUGGUCGCCACAGCCCGGUGGAGCGGAAACCCGUCGAGUUGAUCCAACAACAGCACUUGGCAACGGAUCUCAAGGUCAUUCUUCCGAUGAAAAUCAAAGCCGAACCGGAAGAACAUCCCGAGCAACCACCAGCGAAAAAAUUGAUCCUCUCCAACGCACUCAGCGACAGCUUGGACACCCCCACGCCAACGACCAUCACGCCCGUCUUAACCAGUGUGAAUCUUCCGCGACUGAUGCUCCCUACCACCGCCAUCAAUGGGCGACCGGCACGGCCGGCCAGCUUGGAUGUGAAAGCGUCCACCGCCUUCCCGUUGCGUAACAUCACCGCAGAUGCCGGCAUCGGUAUCUCGACGCCGUCGAACGGCUUCUUCAACUUUGAUAGUCUGAUGGAUGGCGGUACCGGCUUGACGCCCGUUGCCGCCCCAAUUUCCCUCCAAUCGAAUCGUGGUCCGCUGGAUCUGAUGACGCCCACCAGCAGUGAACCGUCGAAGCUGUACAGUCUGUGAGACGAGGUCCGACGAGUAGGGUGCAAAAACGAAGAAGCAAUUAGAGUUGACGUUUCUGAGAGUGUAAACGAUUGAUGAGAACGAGUACCCCGAGCGAGUCUUAGAUCAAAGAUGGCGUUGUGAUUUUAACUUUAAAAAAAAACUUUUGUACGUGGAAUAUUACAAAGACACACAAGUCUAAAAAAUUCUAACUUAGCGGUCGCCAUUUUGUAACUAGACGUAGAAUUAAUGUAUAUAUCUUUUAUUUGUUUUUAGUUUUGCUAGAUUUUAAUCCUACCAACCCCCCCCCCCCCCCCCCCCCCCGAUCCCAUUAAUUGGAAAAUGCGAAAACCAGAAAAUGUUUAUUGAUUUGUUUUAUUUUUACCAAACGAAGAUUUUUAAUUUAAUUUAAGCGAAUAAAGAUGUAAACAUUCUUUUAUAGUAAAACGAGAACGAAAUGCUUUGUAUCCUGUGCCUUUUUCCUCCAGAAAUUUUCCGCUUAACUUCGUAUUGUUGUUUUUUUUUCCUUCUUGGUUUUAUUAGUCGUAACAAUGAUAGUAACCAACCGGUUAGAAGUCAAUGCUAUUGCAAGUAUUAUUGAUCAAUACACACUAUGUAGAGAAGAGGAGCAAGUCUUUGCGCAGGCAGAAGAAAGAGAUGGAAGUGCAACGAAAGUUUGAAACUUUCUACCUCCAUCAGGCGAGUUUUGGACCAUUGAUUGGGAUAUUUUAAAUAGAAUAACGAAAGUGGAGAGGAAAACGAACGAAACGCCAUUGUAGAUGACAAAGACAAAGAGCAGAAUUAUUUACAACUUAUUUCAUCUACACGCGAAAAAGGAAACUACGAAAAGCUUUUUCGAUCCCGAGGGCCUACUGCGAUUUGGUUUGCCUUCACUAUUUUUUUUAAUAAAAGAGUGGCCUACUUUUGUAGAAAACGAUGAUAUUUGCUGUCAAAAGAAACAAAAAACUAGUGUGCGAAAAUAACCAGAACAUGAAGCAAUCUGAUUUUUUUUUGAGGUUAGAAUAUGACGAACCAGAAAAGCCAUAUUACUGAUAAUAAUAAUACAAUUGAUACCAAAUAGCUGCUGCAAUAAGAAA